AUGGAAUCUGAGAAGAGGGGUGGCAAAGGUAGACCUGAACGACAAAUGAAAGCAUUCAAACAGCUUAUAGAUGACUGCUACUUAAUUGACUUGGGGUAUGAGGGACAUCCAUUCACUUGGUUCAAUGGAAGUGAAGCCCAACACUCUGUCAGUGAAAGGCUUGAUAGAUAUUUAGCAAAUCAAAAGUGGCUAGAUUGUUUCCAGAAUUAUACAGUUGUGCAUAGGAUGGCAGCCUACUUUGACCACCUCCCAAUUAUCUUAUAUUCAAGCAAUGAAAAGAUAAGUACAAGAGGCAAGCUGUUUAGGUUCGAGGCCAUGUGGGCUGAGGAUGAGGACUGUGAGAGAGUUGUAGCUAACUCAUGGAAGGGCAAAACAGGUGAUAACCCCAUGAACAGUUUCAACAAGUUGAGGCCUGUUCUCAAAGCUUAA